GAGGUGGAGCCGGGGAUGUAACUUUCACUGACAUCGCGGCGUGUAGUCUUUUAUGAGGGUUGGAUGUCCCGUUUUCUUGUGCACAUUGGCGACUGUACCUCUGUAUAUUUGUAGCACCAAGGGGCCCGCGGGAGCAUGCUACUUAAGGCCGGUUGCAGGCUGCUCCCUGCAGUUGUUAUUCCCCGUUUACCCGGCAUGGAUGUGGCUUUUCGAGCUCUUGUCCGAGUCUCCUCCACUACUGGGAGAUGGGCGCCCCCGAGCGGACAUGACACGGGAAUCCGAGUGUAUAACAGCUUGACAAGAAGGAAGGAGCCGCUCAUACUGCCUAACCCAUCACUGGCAACAUGGUAUAGCUGUGGGCCAACUGUGUAUGACCAGUCACAUCUUGGGCAUGCUUGCUCUUAUGUUAGAUUUGACAUCAUUCGUAGGAUCCUUACCAAAGUUUUUGGAAUUGAUGUUGUCAUGGUGAUGGUAAUCACAGACAUCGAUGAUAAAAUUAUCAAGAGAGCCAAUGAGCUCAGUAUGUCCCCAGUGGCUUUAGCUCGUUCUUAUGAACAUGACUUUAAACAAGAUAUGAUGUCAUUGAAGCAGAAAGUGAUAAGCGACACAUAAGGGAUUUUGCCUUGUGGAAAGCAUGCAAACCAUCAGAGCCUUUCUGGACAUCUCCUUGGGGUAAAGGAAGGCCAGGCUGGCAUAUUGAGUGCUCCACUGUUGCAAGCUUAGUGUUCGGCAGUCAUCUUGACAUCCAUUCAGGGGGAAUUGAUCUGUCGUUUCCUCAUCAUGAAAAUGAAAUUGCUCAAUGUGAGGCGUAUCAUCAGUGUAAACAGUGGGGGAAUUAUUUUCUUCAUACAGGCCAUUUACAUUUGAAAGGAAAUGAAGAAAAGAUGUCAAAGUCUUUAAAAAACUAUAUCACAGUUAAGGAUUUUUUAAAGUCCUUCUCCACUGAGCAGUUCAGGAUGUAUUGUUUACGCUCUAAAUAUAGAUCAGCUGUGGAGUACAGCAGAGAAUCGAUGCAAGAUGCUACAAGCACUCUACAGAUAAUCUCUUCUUUUAUUAAUGAUGCACAAGCCUAUAUAAGAGGUCAGCUGACUUGUCAACCUAUACAAGAAGACAUACUGUGGCAAAGGUUGAAUGAAACAAAAGUAAACGUUAAGGCUGCAUUUGCUGAUGACUUUGACACCCCACGAGCUGUUGAUGCCGUUAUGGACCUGAUUUACCAUGGCAACAGACAGCUUAAGGCUGUUUCCAAGGAUACACAUUCUUCUCGCAGUCCUUUGGUUUAUGGUGCCAUGGUCUCUUAUGUUGAGCAAUUCUUGGACACCCUGGGAGUCUCUUUGGGACACAAACAGAUUGCCACAGAAAACAUGAGUUCAGCUAUACUAAAUAAAGUGAUUGAAGAACUGGUGGACUUUAGACGUAAUGUGCGAAAUUAUGCGCUUGUUAAACCAGACAGUAAUGCUGAGAUCGGAGAGGAAGGUACAAUGUCCAAAGAAGAAAAGCAACAACACCAAGAGAAGAGGAAACAGAUGAUGAAGGAAAGAGAGCAUCUUUUACAAAUCUGUGAUAUAUUACGGCAGGAUCUUGCUGGCUGUGGUAUAAAUAUUAAGGACCGAGGAACUUCUUCAACAUGGGAACUACUUGAUCACAAGGAAAAAACUUAAUAUGGAAAAACUCUGCUAUAUCUUAUUUAUAAUAUACAAUGUAUCUGAACUUUUUUUUGUUUUACACAAAACAAAUAUAAAUAAGAAUUAUGUUUUAAUUAAAAAAACAACAACAAAAAAA